AUGGAUCAUCUCGAGCAAGAAAAUGGAGCGCUCCAUGAAGAAGUGGAAGCCAUGCAGAUUAAGAUGGGCGAAAUGGCUGAAGUGAUAAAGACAAUGGCGGAAGCACAAGCUCAAGCUCAAGAACAAGCUCAGGUUCUAGCACAAGCCCAGGCUCAGGCUCUAGCUCAAGCUCAUGCUCAGGCUCAUACACAAGCCCAAGCACCUCCUCCUCCUCCUAUCAGAACUCAGUUCGAAGCAUCUUCCUCUGCUAUCCCUGAAUGGACAAUAUGUGCCGACACUCCGACACACUCUGCUCCACAACGUUCCACGCCUUGGUUCCCACCUUUUACUGCUGGCGAAAUAUUCCGUCCCAUUGCUUGUGAAGCUCCGAUGCCUACUUCUCAAUAUGCAACUCGAGCUCCUCCGCCUUUUGCAACAAUUCCUCAAGCUACUAUGACAUACUCAGCACCUGCGAUUCAUGCUAUCCCGCAAGAUAACGAACCUAUCUUCCAUUCAAGGAGUAUGAGGGCCUAUGGUCAAGUGGAGGAUUUACAAGAGAAGUAUGAUGAGAUGUACCGUGAGAUGAAAGCUCUUCGCGGGAAAGAAAGAUUUGGAAAAACUGCUUAUGACCUCUGCUUGGUGCCGAAUGUCCAAAUACCCCACAAGUUCAAGGUCCCUGAUUUCGAGAAGUAUAAAGGGAACUCCUGCCCUGAGGAACAUCUGACAAUGUAUGCAAGAAGGAUGUCCGCGUAUGCUAAGGACGAUCAGAUCCUUAUUUAUUACUUCCAAGAGAGCUUGGCUAGUCCCGCCUCAAAGUGGUACAUGAAUCUGGACAAAACAAAGAUCCAAACUUUCCAUGAUCUGUGUGAAGCUUUUGUGCAACAAUACAAUUAUAAUGUGGAUAUGGCUCCAGACCGAAGUGAUCUUCAGGCUAUGACUCAGGGGGACAAAGAAACAUUCAAGGAGUAUGCCCAACGAUGGAGAGAUACUGCUGCCCAAGUCAGCCUGCGUAUAGAAGAGAAGGAGAUGACCAAGCUCUUCUUGAAGACUCUCAAUCAAUUUUACUACGAGAAGAUGGUCGGAAGUACGCCAAAGAACUUUGCCGAAAUGGUUAGCAUGGGUGUUCAAUUGGAAGAAGGGGUCCGAGAAGGACGUUUGGUAAAGGAUGGAACCUCUGCCAGUGGGACCAAGAAAUUUGGGAACCACUUCCCGAGAAAGAAAGAACACGAUGUUAAUGUGGUAGCCCAUGGAAGAACCCAACAAACUUAUCCAGUCUACCAACACGUCGCUGCCAUCACACCUACUGCCAAUGUUAUUCAACCACCAAAUACCCAGCCUCGAUUCCCACCAUAUUCUCAACAAAAUCCUCAACACCAAUAUCCUCAACAAAAUCCUCAACAAUAUCCUCAACAAUAUCCCCAACCACCAUACCAGCAACGCCCAUAUCAACAACAUCCCUAUCAACAACAACGACCUCAACAACAAAGAAUGCAAAUUGACCCGAUCCCCGUCACCUAUGCAGAGCUACUUCCAGGGUUACUCAGAAAUAACUCAGUCCAAACCAUAGCACCUUCUCCAAUACCAGAAAAACUGCCAACAUGGUAUAGAAUGGACCAGACUUGUGCUUUUCAUCAAGGGGGCCGAGGUCAUAAUAUUGAAAAUUGUUAUGCCUUUAAGAAUGUAGUGCAGAGGCUAAUCAAUGAGAAGAAGAUAACCUUCACAGACUCAGCGCCAAAUAUUCAAACCAAUCCAUUGCCAAACCAUGGUGCUGCAAUUGUCAACAUGGUCGAAGAUUGCCAAAAGACUCAUCAUAUUCUCGACGUUCAACGCAUCCGAACACCUUUGGUCCCGUUACAUGCCAAGUUAUGCAAAGUGAACCUCUUUAAACAUGAUCAUGAUGUCUGCAAAGUGUGCCUUCUAAAUCCCUGGGGUUGUCAGAAAGUGAAAGAUGAUAUUCAAAGACUUUUGAACCAAGGAGGACUGGUUGUUGAAAGAAAAUGUGAUGAUGUAUGUGUUAUAACUCCUGAAGAGCCUUUGGAAAUAUUUUACGACAGUCGGAAGACAAUUGCUGCUCCUUUAGUGAUCUGCUUGCGUGGUCCAAUACCUUAUACUUCCGAGAAGGCCAUUCCUUACAAGUACAAUGCCACUAUGAUAGAAGGUGGUCGUGAAGUUCCAAUACCACUUUUGCAUUCUGUGAGAAAUAUUACCGAAGAUAGUAGAGUGCUGAGGAAUGGGCGUGUUGUUCCUAUAGUGUUCCCGAAGAAAGUUAGUGCUCCGGUAAUUGAGGAGGCUCAAGCUAAGGAUUCCAGUGUUGUCAAAGAGGUAAGCCAGUCGAAUGGGGCCGGUGCAAGUACAGAGUUUGAUGAGAUUCUCAAGUUAAUAAAGAAGAGCGAGUACAGGGUUGUUGACCAACUGAUGCAAACUCCAUCAAAAAUAUCCAUAAUGUCUUUGUUACUGAAUUCUGAGGCCCAUAAGGAAGCAUUGAUGAAGGUCUUAGAACAAGCUUUUGUAGACUAUGAUGUGAGCGUGAGUCAAUUUGGUGGAAUAGUGGGAAAUAUCACUGCAUGUAACAACUUGAGUUUCAGUGAUGAAGAGCUCCCGGCCGAAGGAAGGAACCAUAACUUGGCUUUGCAUAUAUCUGUGAAUUGCAAGACCGAUGCUUUGUCGAAUGUACUAGUGGAUACCGGGUCGUCUCUGAAUGUGAUGGCCAAAACAACUAUUGCUCAACUCUCUUACCAAGGUACCCCUUUGAGACGAAGUGGGGUAAUGGUAAAAGCUUUUGAUGGUUCAAGGAAGGAUGUUCUUGGAGAGGUGGUUCUGCCUAUUACAAUCGGGCCACAAGUUUUCCAGAUUAAUUUUCAAGUGAUGGACAUUCAGGCGUCAUAUAGUUGCCUACUGGGCCGACCCUGGAUUCACGAGGCUGGGGCAGUAACGUCUACACUGCAUCAAAAGUUGAAGUUCGUGAGGAAUGGGAAGCUAGUAACGGUGAAUGGUGAAGAGGCUUUGUUAGUGAGCCAUUUGUCGUCUUUCUCUUUCAUUGGGGCUGAUAAUGUUGAAGGGACGCCUUUUCAAGGAUUUACCAUGGAAGAAAAAAGUACCAGGAAGAGUGAGGCAUCUAUUUCUUCUCUGAAGGAUGCUCAGAAAAUGAUACAAGCUGGAGGGUCUGCAAGCUGGGGAAAGUUGAUUGAACUUCCAGAAAACAAACAACGAGAAGGGUUGGGUUUCUUUCCAUCAGCUGAUUUGUCCAAGACAAAGACCGUCGCCGAGCCGAUAAAGGGUACUUUCCAUAGUUCUGGGUUUAUUCAUGCAAUUACUGAAGAUGAUCCUGAAGGAGUGCCACGAAGCUUUGUGACACAAAGGAGGUUUAGCCACAAUUGGGUUGCUGUAGAUGUUCCUUUUAUUGCUCAUUUGUCCAAAUUAAAAACCAAUGAACCCGUUGAACAACAUAACCCUAUGAUCUCUCCCAACUUUGAGUUCCCUGUGUAUGAGGCGGAAGAAGAAGAGAACGAAGAGAUUCCCGACGAAAUCUCUCGGCUACUUGAACAAGAAAGAAAGAUCAUUCAGCCUUAUAGGGAAGAAUUAGAAGCAAUCAACUUGGGUACCGAAGAAGACAAGAAGGAGAUCAAGAUUGGGGUAUCACUUGAGGUAAGUGUCAGGAAGCGAGUGAUAGAGCUUUUCAUAGAAUAUGUUGAUGUGUUCGCUUGGUCGUACCGAGAUAUGCCAGGUCUGGAUACUGAUAUUGUGGUACACCAUUUGCCUUUGAAGCCCGAGUGUCCGCCGGUCAAGCAGAAAUUGAGAAGAACCCGUCCUGAUAUGGCCCUCAAGAUCAAAGAGGAAGUGCAAAAACAGAUCGAUGCAGGUUUCCUCGUUACAUCAAAAUACCCUCAAUGGCUAGCCAACAUAGUGCCUGUUCCGAAGAAGGAUGGCAAAGUCAGAAUGUGUGUUGAUUACCGUGACCUUAACAAAGCUAGUCCCAAAGAUGAUUUUCCAUUACCUCAUAUUGAUGUACUGGUUGACAACACUGCAAAAUCCAAAGUGUUCUCCUUCAUGGAUGGUUUCUCCGGUUACAAUCAGAUCAAGAUGGCGCCCGAAGACAGAGAGAAGACGUCUUUCAUCACACCUUGGGGCACUUUAUGUUACAGAGUAAUGCCGUUCGGUUUGAUCAAUGCAGGAGCUACUUAUCAAAGGGGUAUGACUACUAUCUUUCACGACAUGAUACACAAAGAGAUUGAGGUUUAUGUGGAUGACAUGAUCGUCAAGUCAAUCACUGAAGAACAACAUGUUGAGUAUUUGCUAAAGAUGUUCCAACGGCUAAGAAAGUACAGACUUCGCCUGAAUCCCAACAAGUGUACUUUUGGUGUCAGAUCCGGAAAGCUUCUGGGCUUCAUUGUUAGUCAGAAAGGUAUUGAAGUAGAUCCAGACAAGGUCAAAGCCAUCAGAGAAAUGCCAGCUCCACAAAUAGAAAAACAAGUAAGGGGGUUUCUCGGACGACUGAAUUACAUCUCCCGUUUCAUUUCUCAUAUGACUGCAACAUGUGGGCCGAUAUUCAAACUCCUCCGCAAAGAUCAAGGGAUUGUUUGGACAGAAGAUUGCCAGAAAACCUUUGAUAGCAUCAAAGUGUACUUACUAGAACCUCCGAUUCUCAUCCCUCCAGUUGAAGGAAGACCACUAAUCAUGUACCUAACUGUAUUGGAAGAUUCCAUGGGUUGUGUGCUCGGACAACAAGAUGAAACCGGAAGAAAGGAGCAUGCCAUUUAUUAUUUGAGCAAGAAGUUUACUGACUGUGAAUCUCGCUAUUCCAUGCUCGAGAAAACCUGUUGUGCACUAGCCUGGGCUGCAAAACGCCUCCGCCACUAUAUGAUUAGUCAUACUACAUGGUUGAUAUCUAAGAUGGAUCCGAUCAAGUACAUCUUUGAGAAACCCGCUUUGCCAGGAAGAAUUGCCCGGUGGCAGAUGUUAUUAUCCGAAUAUGAUAUUGAGUAUCGUACCCAAAAAGCAAUCAAAGGCAGUAUCCUUGCUGAUCACUUGGCUCACCAACCAAUUGAAGACUAUCAGCCCAUCAAGUUCGACUUUCCUGAUGAAGAGAUUAUGUAUUUAAAGAUGAAAGAUUGUGAUGAACCGCUACUCGGGGAAGGUCCAGAUCCUGAAUCAAAAUGGGGUCUAAUAUUCGACGGAGCUGUUAAUGCUUAUGGUAGCGGAAUUGGGGCAAUCAUUGUUACUCCUAAAGAUACACACAUCCCCUUCAUGGCCAGGCUAACGUUCGACUGUACAAACAACAUGGCAGAGUACGAAGCGUGUAUUAUGGGUAUCGAAGAAGCCAUUGAUCUGAGAAUCAAGAACCUCGACAUUUAUGGUGACUCAGCCCUCGUAAUCAAUCAAAUCACAGGAGAAUGGGAGACUCGUCACCCCGGCUUGGUUCCCUACAAAGACUAUGCAAGACGAUUACUGACUUUCUUCAACAAAGUCGAGCUACACCAUAUUCCUCGUGAUGAAAACCAGAUGGCGGAUGCUCUGGCUACUUUGUCUUCGAUGUACCAAGUAAAUCGUCGGAAUGAAGUGCCACUGAUCCAUAUCAGACGUCUUGAGAGACCCGCUCAUGUAUUCGCCACUGAAGAAGUUGUUGAUGACAAGCCAUGGUUCCACGAUAUCAAAUGUUUCCUUCAAAGGCAAGAGUAUCCACUCGGAGCAUCCAAUAAAGACAAGAAGACUCUAAGAAGAUUGUCUGGCAAUUUCUUCCUAAACGGGGACAUUUUGUAUAAAAGAAACUUUGACAUGGUGUUGCUCAGAUGUGUUGACAAACAUGAGGCAGACUUAUUGAUGCAUGAAAUACACGAAGGAUCCUUUGGGACUCAUUCUAGCGGACAUACAAUGGCCAAGAAGAUACUGAGAGCAGGUUAUUACUGGAUGACAAUGGAAGCCGAUUGUUACAAGCAUGCCAGGAAGUGUUAUAAGUGUCAAAUCUAUGCCGAUAAGAUUCAUGUGCCGCCGACUGCACUCAAUUUUCUUUCCUCUCCGUGGCCGUUCUCUAUGUGGGGCAUUGACAUGAUUGGGAGGAUUGAACCCAAAGCUUCAAAUGGGCACCGCUUCAUUUUAGUGGCUAUUGACUAUUUCACCAAGUGGGUUGAAGCUGCAUCCUAUGCUAAUGUGACCAAACAAGUGGUAGUCAAGUUUAUCAAGAAUCAUAUUAUCUGCCGUUAUGGUGUCCCUAGCCGGAUAAUUACAGACAACGGGACGAAUCUGAACAACAAGAUGAUGAAAGAGUUGUGUGAUGAUUUCAAAAUCGAGCACCAUAAUUCUUCGCCUUACAGACCUCAGAUGAAUGGUGCUGUCGAAGCUGCAAAUAAGAACAUAAAGAAGAUCGUCCAGAAGAUGGUGGUGACUUAUAAGGACUGGCAUGAGAUGCUUCCCUUUGCAUUACAUGGAUAUCGUACUUCAGUACGCACAUCAACAAGGGCAACCCCUUUCUCUUUGGUAUACGGCAUGGAGGCAGUGCUUCCCGUAGAAGUUGAGAUUCCUUCGAUGAGAGUUUUAAUGGAGGCUGAAUUAUCAGAGGCUGAGUGGGUUCAAAGUAGGUACGACCAGUUGAAUCUAAUCGAAGAAAAACGCAUGGCUGCUCUUUGUCAUGGUCAGUUAUAUCAGAAGAGGAUGAAGCAGACUUUUGACAAGAAAGUUCGUCCCCGUGAAUUCAAAGAAGGUGACCUCGUGCUCAAAAAGAUCUUGACCUUCCAACCCGACUCUAGGGGCAAAUGGACGCCUAACUAUGAAGGUCCGUAUGUUGUCCAGAAAGCCUUCUCAGGUGGUGCCAUGAUCCUUCAAACCAUGGAUGGUGAAGAACUUCCACGUCCUGUAAACACAGAUGUAGUCAAGAAAUACUUUGUUUCUGAUGCUCAACUUUCGACU